AUGUCCGAACGCGAUCUCCAAGAUAUUCUCCGGAAAUUAAGAUCCUCCCCUUCUUACGCAGACGCCUCCGCCCUCCUCAGCAAAGCCAAAAUCACCCUCCUAAAGCUCCACGCCCUCACGCCUCAACCCUCCACCCCUCAAUCUAUCCUCCUGGCCGCGCGAGAAGUCUUCGACCUCGGCGCCCUCCUCAGCAUCCGCGCCAAAGACCCCGCUGCUUUCACACGCUAUGUGCAUCAACUAACGCCCUUCUACGAUUUACCCGCCGACAGACUUCCCGCCACAAGGAGCGAGCGGAAUAAGGUCAUCGGGUUGUAUUUAUUGCUGCUGUUGACGCAGGGCGAUUAUGCUGGUUUCCAUACGGAGUUGGAGGGCUUGGAGUUGAGGGAAGGGAAUGGGGGUAGGGUGGAGGAUGAUAAGUUUCUAGGGUAUCCGAUCAAGCUCGAACGGUGGUUGAUGGAGGGGAGUUAUGAUUUGGUUUGGAAGGCUAUGGCUAGUCGGGAGGUGCCUAGUGAGGAGUAUGGAAUCUUUUCAGAAAUUCUCACCUCCCAAAUCCGGAACGAGAUCGCUUCAUGUAGCGAAACUGCAUACCCAUCACUCCCCAUCUCAUCAACGAAGAACCUACUGUUCCUUGAUAGCGAAGGGGCUGUGGUUUCUUUUGCCCAGAGCAGAGGUUGGUUAGUUAGGGAUGGACGGAUAUACUUCCCGAACCAGAGCCUGAAGGCUGGUUCAGAUCAGGAAGGUAACCAGAAGGAGCUGAGCCGGCUAGCGAUCGAGAACACGCUAGGCUAUGCAAGGGAGCUGGAGACCAUCGUCUGA